GAGAGUAAAACGCAGUAAUUUCUCUCAUCGUGCACACAGCCCCCACCAACACCCAACUUGUAUCUUCUUUUUUUGUAGAUCUAUAUCACAUUUACCUGAAUUUUCAUCAAGGCCCACUUCUCCAAUCCCAGUGUUUCACCAAACUCAGCUCAAGAAAGAACCAGUUCAAAUCAAGAUCCUCCUCAAUUCAUGGUAUUUUGAUCGUGAAGAAACAUGGACUCACAACCUUCCCAAUCGGGAAGGUUCAUGGUCGACCUUGGCAACAACAGAAGCCCCCUUGCAAGACCCAACUCGUCCUCCUUGACCAAAUCAUUUUCCGACGCGAGUAGCCAAAGCUUAUCCUCAAUCCUCAACAAUCCACAUAAAUCCGACGCCUCCUGGGUGGGCUGGUGGUCUUCCUUCUCCUCCUCCACCUCCGCCGCCGCGCCACCGGAAUUCGCCCCACUGGGCACCAACAAACCGGGCUCGGAAAUCACCCGAUCUGAUCUCCAACCUUACCUCUCUUCAAUCUCCCAACAAUACAACCGAUUCGAGGAUAUUCGAAACCAUAGUACUAAAGAGAGUCGUGAUUUGGAGUCCAUUGGAGGCCAGGGCGAAGCCCUAGUGGCUUGUUUACGAGAAGUCCCUGCAUUAUACUUCAAGGAGGAUUUUGAACUUGAAGAUGGCGCCACAUUUCGCGCCGCGUGCCCGUUCUCGACGGUGGCGGAGAAUUUGGUGUUGCAGGAGAAGUUGUCCCAGUACUUGGAUGUGGUGGAGUUGCAUUUGGUGAAGGAGAUAUCAUUGAGGUCAAGUUCUUUUUUCGAGGCACAAGGUCAACUUGAGGAUUUGAAUGGGAAGAUUGUGGAGGGGUGUAAUAGGAUUAGGGAAUUAAAAGAGACUAUAAGGCUUUUGGAUUCGGACUUGGUGGAUUCCGCGAGGCAAAUUCAGGAGUUAAAUGUGGAGAGGAGUAAUUAUAUUGGUUUGCAGCAUAAGUUGAGGCUUAUUUUUUAUGUGAACCAAGCGCUGUCGGCUCUCAAAUUGCUGGUUGCAUCUGCAGAUUGUGCUGGAGCUUUAGAUGUCACUGAUGAUUUGCAGCAUUUGCUGGUUGGAGAUGAGCUGACUGGUCUACAUUGCUUUCGUCACCUUCGGGACCAUGUAGCAGCUUCAAUAGAUUCCAUUAACAGCAUUCUUUCAGCAGAAUUCAUGCGUGCAUCUAUACAUGAUGCCGGAGAUAUGGAUGUGGUAAUAUUAUCAAAAUCUAAAGCAAGGGCAACCAUACCCAGUAAUGGAACAUAUGAGGAAGUUAUUUGCAAUCUGGGUAAACUUAGUCGGGAAGAACAGGAGAUGAUAUUUGGGGUUGGUGGUACCAAAAAUUGGUACACUGGGCAAGAAACAGAAGAUAAAAGAGGGCUUAUGGCGGGGUACAUGGUAGAAGGGAAGGAAGGGUUGUAG